AUGCAUCGCUUCUUCUCGUCGCAAUUCUUCAACUUUGAGCUGACGAGGAUCCUGGGCACCGCGCCCUACGGUGGCUGCCAGGUCGCCGAGUUCCUUGAAGCGGUCGGCAAGAUCAAGAAGCACGACGCCGAGAGUUGGUACCGGGCAUGGGCAGAGCAAGGGGAGAAGACGGAACGCUUCGCUGCAGAGGCGGCGGAAAAGGGCCUUGACGCCUACGCCCGUGACGCCUACCUGAGAGCGUCAAACUACUUCCGCGCCGCACCUUACAUGCUCACUGCGCCCGACGACCGAAUCGUGGACAUGAGCGAGCGCAGCGGCCGCAACUUCCAGCACGCGACGAGCUUCUUUGAAGGCCGCGUCAUCGACCUCAAAAUCCCCUACGAAAAGGGACUCGUUCUUCCCGGCCGUCUGUUCCUCCCCUCGAAAGCCAAGCAGCUGCCAAAGCAAAAGACGCCCGUCAUUGUCAACUGCGGGGGCGCCGACUCGACGCAGGAAGAGCUCUACUUCAUGUACGGCGCCAAAGGCGUAGAGCUCGGGUACGCGGUGCUCUUGUUCGACGGACCGGGCCAGGGCGCCACGCUCAAGCGGCACGGGGCCUACCUGCGGCCAGACUUCGAGGUCGUCGUGUCCAGCGUGCUGGACCAUGUGUGGGCGCUGGCCGGACAGUCGCCGGAGCUGCAGCUCGACCUCAACCGCGUUGCCGUGGCGGGCGCCUCACUCGGCGCACACUUUGCCCUGCGUGCGGCCACUGACCGUCGCAUCGCCGCCUGCGUGGCCAUCGACCCUUUUUACUCAAUGUGGGAUCUGGCCCUGACGCGCAUGCCGCAGUGGUUCGCCCUGUCCUGGCUCAACGGCUACAUCCCGGACUCAUUUGUCAACUGGUCCUGCUACGCCCACAUGCGCACCGACUUCCCCUCGUGGUGGGAGUUCUCCCUCACCAUGUGGAUCAUGAACCAGCCUACGCCGGCCGACCUGCUCCGUGAAUUCACGCGCUACACGCUCCGCGACGCGAACCACGGCGAGCUUCUGGACUUGGUCAACUGCCCGGUGCUGGUUGCUGGCGCAAAGGACUCAAUCUAUACGGACCCGGAGGUAAGCACCCUGAGGAUUGCGAAGCUGCUCAAGAAGGUUCCCGAGGAGCAGAAGGAUGUGUGGCUUCCGCAGAGCGCUGGUGAAGGGAGCCUUACGGCCAAGGUGGGCGCGUGGGACCAUCUGGCGGUCAAGACGUUUUCCUUUUUGGACAAACAGUUUGGCAUUGACCGGGCUGGGGAUUCUUCUUCCUCUACUUUUUCCUCUUCUUCUGCUUUUUAG